AUGGACGUAUUAUGUCAUCCGGAGGCCCUCCUCAAUACAAGAAAAGGACAAGCUCUACUUACCGACCCUGCGUUUAGGAAUAAUGUAGUUGCCAUGGUAAUUGAUGAAUGUCACAUCAUCCAGAAAUGGGGUGAAGAAUUCAGAACUGCUUUUAAAAAACUUGGAAACCUGAAAGUUUUUUCCCCUGAUAUUCCUUUUGUUGCCUCGAGUGGAACUCUUACCAAAGACCAAAAACAACCUAUUCCAAAGCAGCUGUGCCUACAAAAUUUUAUCACCAUUGAAGCAACACCUGAUAAACCAAACACUUUUCUCGAAAAAGAGAAAAAGCAGGCAAAUAUGGAUGUUCUAAGUGAAUAUGAACAUAUAAUUUACCAAGUGUGUGAUGAACUUAACCAACAGAGAGAAUUGUACCCUGUCACAUUAUUAUUUAUACCCAUAUUUUACAUGAGUGAGGCACUGAGAUAUCUAAACAGCAUUUUUGGAGUGCAUAACAUCUACAAUUCAAUCUACAGUGCCUUAUGCACUGGACAGGACUGUGAAGUCAUCAAUGAAACCAUUGCAGAUUUAAAAAAGGACAAUCCUAGAAUUCGUUUAGUAUUGACCACUUCAAUUUCUGGCAUGGGUUUUGACCCAAGCAAUGUGACUCAAGUGAUUCACACUUGUCCACCAAGAGACCUUUCCCAAUAUUUUCAGGAGGUCGGAAGAGCUGGUCGCAGAGGACAACGUGCUGUAAUGGGAUAG